AUGAAGAACAUCAUUGCUGUUGCAGCCUUCGCUGCCGGAACUAACGCACUUGUUGGUCGCAGCGACAGCUGUUGCUUUCAUUUGACUGCCACCGGUGGCAUCUCCGGAUCGCUUGGUCAACUAAGUGACGGUCAGGUCCGUGUCGGCGAUACUACCUUGUCUGCUGCUCAGUUCUGCCUCUCGGACAGCAUCAUUACCGAUAGCGAGGGCCGUGGCUGUGUUGUGACGUCUGAGACUACACAAUUCCAGUGUGACGAGGGUUCAACUGGUACAUCCGGAUUUUCUCUUGCUUCUUCUGGCUCCCUCGAGUUUGAUGGUAGCUCAAGCUUCAUUGCAUGCGCGACUGGUUUAAAUGGCGGAGACAACAUCUAUAUCUCCAACAGUACUUCUGUCACGCAAUGUACGAAAAUCCAAUUGACGGGCGACUCAUGCUUCGCCGCCGCCUCUUCUUCUGCUUCGAAGCUUUCUUCCACACCUUAUGCCGUCCCUACCAGUGCUGUACCGGUACCUAUCCCCGCUAUUAGCUCUGUUGCCGGUGCUGUUGGCUCUUCCGCACCUAUGUGGACCAGUUCAAUUCCCUCAAUUCCUAUGGUUCUGCCCUCCACCCCAGUCGGGACUUCCACUCCAGCCGCGAGUACCCCAUUGACGACUUCGAGCCUUGCGACAGGCACUGCUACUUCAGCCGGUCAAUCAGAGUCGGGUUCCUCGACCAGCUCCUCGGGAUCCUCUGCAGCUGCUACCACAUCAGCCCCCGCGAAUUCCGGAGCCAGACUUGACUUCUCCGGACUCGCGUUGCUUCAAGUCGCCGCUAUGACCUCAAUCAUUGCCUAUCUUGGCCUGGUGUAG